UCUCGGUCAGUUACGCGAUCGCCAGCGAACGAUUCGCGCGGCCGGUGCGCACCCCGAGCUGCUGUUAAUCGCUGGCUGCCGAUCUCACCGAGUGCCGCAUCUCUCGAGUGCAUCGAACUUGACGGACGAGGCGCGAACGUCCCUUAAACUCGGAGCGAAGGGGGUGACGCGAAGGGAGAAUCGGUGUGGAUAUAGAUCGGUGGUGGUGGUUCGAAGAUGCUCGAUCAGCGAGCGGGUUAAUCGCUUUCUCGACAAGGUUCGUGCGCUUAACAGCGCGGUGGAGCGGCCCCAAUGCCGGUCAGGAAGGGCCUUCUCGCUCCACAGAAUACUUUCUUGGACACUAUCGCAACUCGCUUCGAUGGAACCCACAGCAACUUUGUACUGGGAAAUGCGCAGGUUCCGACGAUCUAUCCGAUCGUCUAUUGCUCCGAUGGAUUCUGCGAGCUGACAGGAUUCGCGCGAGCGCAAAUCAUGCAAAAGAGUUGCGCUUGCAAGUUUCUCUAUGGGCCGGAAACGAAGGAGGAAGAAAAGGCCAUGAUCGACAAGAGCCUCGAGAGCAAGACGGAAUUGAAAAUGGAGGUUGUCUUCUACAAGAAGAGCGGAAGUCCAUUCGAUUGCCUACUCGACAUUGUCCCGAUAAAAAACGAGAAGGGCGACGUCGUUCUGUUCCUGGCCUCGCACAAAGACAUCACGCACACGAAGAACCUUCAGCUCUGUGAGUUGCACGAUAGUGACUCGAAUGGCAAUAUCGACCCUGAGGCACCGCCUUCCAAUUACGGUAGAAGAAGAAGUCGCGCCGUCCUUUAUCAACUGUCGGGCCAUUACAAGCAGGACAAUAAGCACAAAAUUAAGCUAAACAAUACGCUUCUGCAUUCAACCGCGCCGCCUUUACCGGAAUACAAAACGACAACCGUCAAAAAGUCGCAAUUUAUUCUUAGCCAUUACGGUGGUUUUAAAUCCUGCUGGGACUGGUUGAUUCUCAUCGCGACCUUUUACGUGGCAAUAAUUGUUCCCUACAACGCGAGCUUCAUCAACAUUGAUAGGCCUACCAUGGUCAGUGACGUUGUCGUCGAAGUGCUCUUCAUUAUCGAUAUCGUUUUGAACUUCAGAACAACGUACGUGAGCAGGAAGGGCGAAGUAGUCAGCAAUAGCAGAAGCAUCGCCGUGAAUUACGUGAAAGGCUGGUUCUUUGUUGACCUCGUAGCGGCAUUGCCGUUUGAUUUUCUCUAUGCCUCGGACGUUUACAGUGGCGAGGAUUCAGCGCACAGUAACAUUCAUUUAGUGAAACUCACAAGAUUACUCAGACUCGCGCGACUGCUACAAAAAAUGGACAGAUACUCGCAAUACAGCGCGGUAAUUUUAACGAUGCUUAUGUUAUUUUUCAUCUUGGUGGCACACUGGCUGGCUUGCAUCUGGUACGUGAUCGCCGAAAAGGAGCGAUUGCGGAACGACAAGGAUUGGGAUUUAGGCUGGAUACAUACCCUGGCUGAGAGAUUAAAAAUAUCAGUGGAAAACGUCACGCACACAGAGAGCUACAUAACGGCAUUAUAUUUUACUUGCAGUAGUCUGACUUCCGUAGGUUUCGGAAAUGUUUCGGCAAAUACGUUCUCGGAGAAAUUCUUCUCUAUUUGCACGAUGUUAAUUGGGGCUCUUAUGCACGCUGUGGUAUUCGGCAACGUUACUGCGAUUAUUCAAAGAAUGUACUCUCGAAGAUCUCAAUAUCAAACAAAAUUACGGGAUCUCAAAGAUUUUCUAAUCUUACAUCAAAUCCCGGACGAGCUCAAGCAGCGAAUGCAGGAUUACUUUCAGACUAUGUGGUCGUUAAACCACGGUAUUGAUGUGCACGAGACCCUCAAACAAUUUCCCGAGGAACUACGGGGAGAUGUUUCAAUGCACCUUCAUCGAGAGAUUUUAAGUUUACCGAUAUUCGAAGCCGCCUCACAGGGAUGUCUAAAACUACUCUCGCUGCAUAUCAGAAAUAACUUUUGCGCCCCCGGCGAAUUUCUUAUCCACAAAGGCGAUGCGCUUUCGUACAUCUAUUAUUUGUGUAACGGAUCUAUGGAAGUUGUGCAAAACAGCAUGGUGGUCGCGAUUUUAGGAAAGGGAGAUUUAGUGGGUUGCGAUAUAAAUGUUCAUCUGCAACACGGGAAUAAUGGCGGAGGUACGACUGGAUCUGGUUCAGUUGAUAUAGUAAAAUCCAGCUGCGAUGUCAAGGCGCUAACAUAUUGCGAUUUGAAGUGCAUACACAUGCAGGGCUUAGUCGAAGUUCUUCGACUCUACCCCGAGUAUCAACAUGAGUUUGCGCACGAUAUACAACACGAUCUUACGUACAACUUACGUGAAGGAUACGAGGCGGAGCAGGAGUCCGAUGUAAAUGGCCCGUCAUUGACACUGCCCUCCAUCAGCGAGGAUGAUGAGAACCUAGCCGAGGAGGGCGAGACUUCUCCCCUCUCGCCCCCAAAUAAAUCACCACUUCACGGCACUUCGAGUCCGCGACAUGCCAAGUUCAGAUCAGAUACCCGUGUAAUGAGGAGUAAAGUUAACUUUGUUUGGAAUAUCAGGGAGGAUUAUAGAGAAGGUAGGCGAGCGGGAAGAGGAGUCUUGCUGCGAGGAGGUAGGGCAGCGCAAGUGAUCGCGCAAGAAUCCGUAGAGGAGCACAUCCGAGGAUCGGUUGAGCGACUCGAUAAUCAGUUUUCCACGCUACACCAGGACGUUGCGACGCUCAGUUGCGAGGUGCGGAACGCCAUUCAAGCGUUGCAGAUGCUCGCCUGCUCACCCCAGAGUAAUCCGAAUCUGCCGACCCCGGCGGCGAGCCGCGGCAGCGGUGUCCUCGCGAGGAGCUCGUCCCAUCCCCCGGACGCCAUUUGUUGGAAUCCGCCGGCGAGAUUGAUCGACGCGUCGACGCAGACGAAUUGGCCGGUCGAUCUGUUCGAGACGUGGGUGCGCGCGAAUCCCCGGAGGGCCCUAAAGGCCCUCGGCCUCGAUCCGGACGUCGUUCUCAGGUUACAACCGCCGUCGCCCACGCCGUCGCCGUCUUCGCCUCCACCGCCGCCCUACGAACCCUUAUCACCCUUGGCGGGCUCGCCGCAGCAAUCGCCCUCGCAAUCUCCGACUACAGGAAAUGACAGCUACGUUUUUGGAAUUGCUCGCAACGCUCGGCACAUUCCCCGAUUGUACAGGCCGCCCAAUUCAGCCUGGGAUCCCGACAACAAGCUGUGGCACCGCUUCAGCGCCGGCGACGCCGACAAUGCGUCGCUGUACCAGGCGUUACGACGUCUUCCGGAGUCACGCUCAUUGAAGUUCGAUCCGUUCGAUAGCUGAACUGGUUAAUUUGCGAGCUCGCGUCCCGCUCGAAAAAUUCGUUUUGACGUAAAUGCGGAAGGAAGAAACGCCGGAUUGAAGAAUAAAACGCAAGUCUAGCAAAUAAAAUAGUUCUAUAGUCUGGAAAAUUUCAAUUCGGAGGCUUGUACGAGAGCUGGUAUACGAGAGCUAAUCGGUCAACCGACAACGCGAUAAUUCCAAAGCAACAGGCUUGAGGCAAUAAUGUUUGAUUGGCAGGUUAAUCGCGACAUCGUCAAACCGUUAGACAUUCAUCGGG